AUGGAGCCCUGUAGACUCUUUCCCUCUGGACUGAGAGGGACUGGUGUCCUGACUGCAAUCCCCUCGUCGUGCCAUGGCAUCGCCCCCCUACGUCUAAAGAGAAGUUCCUUGCGUCUGAGAGGUGGGGAAGGGAAUUCGACAGAGCAGAUCAGCCUGGAUGUUUCAAACGAGACCUCGCUCGAGCACGCCUUCAACUCCGCGAAAGAUUGUGACGCCCUCGAGGAGAUGUCAGGAGAUUUCUUCAGGAUAUCAUCAGCACUUACACCUGCCGAGGAGAUGUACAUGAAAGCUCUUGCUUUGGAGCCUAAUCAUAGUACAACUCUGUGCAACUACGGAUUGUUUCUGCAAAAUGUUCGAAAAAACAUAACGGCGGCAGAGACACAUUAUAAGAAAGCAUUGGGAGCAGACAGAAAUCACUCAACAACGCUUUACAAUUAUGCAAGAUUGCUGCAAGAGUGCAAGCGAGACCCUGCGGCGGCGGAAGAACUAUACCGGCGAGCGAUCCAGAGUGAUCCAGAGCACAGUCACGUGCUCUGCAGCUACGGUCUCCUACGACUCGUAGUACAUCGUGACGUCGACGGAGCGGAAGAACUGUACAAGAGAGCGCUGAAGAGCGAUCCCAACCACGUGGCGACUUUGUACAACUAUGGAAGUCUUCUCGAAGGUGUCCGUCAAAACUUUUCUGGUGCAGAAGAGAUGUACAAGCGCGUGCUAUCGGUUGAUCCGAAUCACUCGACCACCUUGUCCAACUAUGGAGGACUCUUGCACACUGUUAUUCGAGAUUAUGAUGCUGCUGAGAGGCUGUACAAGCGGGCUCUUGAACACGAUGCGAACAGCACAGCAACGUUAUGCAACUACGGCCUUCUCCAGCAGACAGUGCGCGCCAACUUCGCCAUCGCGCAGUCUCUCUACCUCCGCUCGCUAGCGGUGGAUCCCGGCCAUGUGCCCACCCUAUGCAACUAUGCCUACUUGUCUGCCACAUCGCAGAACUACACCAAGGCGGAGGAGCUUCUGGUCCGAGCGCUUGACACUGAGCCUACGCACGAAUUUGCUCAGCAUUUUCUUGCUUGGGUGCGAAAUAAAACGUCGACCGGUGCGCAGCCACCGAGAGGUGAAUCUCUUGGUGGGCAGAAGUCAACCUGA